UCCAUCCAAGAAGCAAGACCAAUAUCUAAAGGAUAAGAAAAGAAGCCAACAGUACGUUAUCAUCUUCGUUGUUCUCCAGCUUCACUCUCAGAGUCUUGCAAGAUUGAAUGGCUCAAGCCAUGGCUACACCACUUACAUCUUCACUAUCACUCAUCUCCAAUACUUCACUCUUCAAAAGCAGCAAACCCACUUCUCUGUCUUACCCAAUUUCAACCCAACCCAAGAUUGGUGGGUUGAGCAUUAGAUGUGCUCGUGUUGGAGGAGUUGAGAUUCCGAAUGCUAAGAGGGUUCAAUAUUCUUUGCAGUAUAUUCAUGGAAUUGGGCGCACUAGGGCUUUGCAGAUUCUUAAUGACUUGAAAAUGGAGAAUAAGAUCACUAAGGACUUGUCUGAAGAAGAGCUCAUUACUCUCCGUGAUGAAGUUUCCAAGUACAUGAUUGAAGGAGACCUUAGGAGAUUCAAUGCACUAAAUAUUAGGAGGUUGAAGGAGAUUCAAUGCUACCGAGGUAUACGACAUAUUCAGGGAUUGCCUUGCAGGGGGCAACGGACAAAGAACAACUGCCGGACAUUGAAAGGAAAGAAGAUUGCAAUUGCUGGGAAGAAAAAGGUGUCUAAAUAGAGUGAUUCAUUUUUCUUGUAAUGAACUGAAGUUGCAAGUUGUACUAAAUUCUUUAUAACGUGCAAUAUUCGGAAACUGAAGUGUAUUAAAUCAACAAUAUUUGAAGCUGUAGUGUGCAUUGCCGUAUUUA